AUGCUGCCGGUGACCUACCUGGUAGCCUUCGGUGUUUGCCUACUGGCACGGAGCGAGGCUACACCAAAUGCUUCCAUGAUCACCAUCUUCCCGAAGCCACCUGGAGUGAUCCCGCUGGGAGGCUCCGUCAGCAUCUGCUGCAGUUGCCAGUGUGAUGGUGGGAACUUCGUGCUGUACAAGAAUGGCCACCUUUUCCGUACUCUGGAGCCGCGUGGCAGCAGGGCCGAGUUCGCCAUCUCUAAUGCCACCCAAGAGGACACAGGUGCCUACAGCUGCCAUUACCUGCAUGGAGGCACUGUGCUGGCUCGCAGUGACAUCGUGAAUGUCAUAGUGGAAGAGUUCCAUCUCCCCACACCUGACUUCUCUGUCCUGCCUGGGCAUGACGUGGCUGGAGGAACUCAGGUGACGUUCCGCUGCACCAUUGAAUACUCCAGUGCUAUCUGUUUCCUGUACCUGGAGGGACAGGUCAGAGACCUCAGCUGGCUCUCAAAGGAACGAGAUCAUUUCAGCAUCUCCCGUGUGCGUAAAGGCAAUGGGGGUCACUACAGCUGCCAGUGUCGCACCACCAGUAUUCCGUUCCAAUGGUCCGCCAGCAAGACUCUGGAUCUGGUGGUGAGAG